AUGGCUUCGGACGAUAACAGAUUAGUGGAGAAAGUAGCUUUCUGUUCCGUGCUUUGCGCCGGAUUUGCGUAUGCUGGCUAUAAUGUUGUGUCAAAAAUGUGCCUUAAAAGAACUAAAAAGAAAGAAAAUAGUUUCUCUCAGACUUCGUGUCAAGCCAAUGCCUCGUCUUCGGCAUCCACCAAGUCGACCCAGACGGAAGAAGAGAGGUCGUGGGUCGUGGAAGAGUGCGUGUCCCCCAGGUCGGUGCGAGAGAGGGUCAACGACCUCAACCUGACCGAGCGACUGCGGAAGAAGAGCAUCCCCCUGUCCCCCGAAGUGAAGCCCCCCGGGUUCCGCGGGAGCCCCUGGAGCUCCCCCCUGGGCUGUGCCAAGUACCUGAGCGUGUCUGCGGAGAACAUCAGCACGAGGGGGGGAGAGCCCCCCGCCUCCAGGAGGGGCUCCCCCCUGGGGAAGAGUCAGGGAACCCUGGACAGGCCCUGCAUCUCGGAGCAGCUGUCCAAGAGGCUGCUGCCCUUCCGCGACGAGUCCAUCACGCUGAAGACGCUGGGCAACCUGCAGAGGGCGCCACAGAAGAUGACCGCCUUCGAGGUCAAGAACCUGGUCAGGUUGUUGACCUCCGUCAACGAGGAGAUCGUGCUCAAGACCCUCUACACCAUCUCCAACUGCGCAGCAUUUACCACCAACCAGGAACUGCUCUGCGAGUCGGAGUGCCCCAAACAGCUCCACAACUUGAUGCUGAGUCAGUCGGAGGCUGUGAGAGUGGCCGUGACUCAAGCCAUUUCUAACAUAUCUGUCGUGAAUAAGAGCUACAGAUUUUUCCAGCCCCACAUCCCGAUCCUGCUGAGCAACGCGGUGGGGGGCAAGGAGCUGCUGAGGAGCCUGUCCCUGACGGCCCUGGCCAACCUGGCCCUGGACCCCCUGUCCCACGGGGCCAUCCUGCGCCAGAUCGGGCCCCUGCUGGAGAUGGCACGCAGUGGCACCAGCGUGGCACAGCUGCAGGCACUGAGGCUGCUCGUCAACCUGUCCUGCAACAGGGAAGUCAUACCCUCCCUGCUCAUGACUGAGGUUCCCUCAGAUAUGCUAGACAUGUUGAAGACCCCCCACGACCGAGAGCUGCUCCUGAGGCUGCUGACCUUCCUGGCCAACAUCGCGACCUUCGCCGCCGACCAGGUCGACGGCUCCUCCCGACCCACCCUGCUGUCGACCCUCUACCGCUUCGUGAGGAGGCCCGAGUUCGAGGACCUAUCGACCCUCUGCGGGGAUCAGGAUGAAGACCUGAGCUUCCAGGCCCGGAGACUGCGCAAGGCGCUGACCGCCGUUUCCUAGUGAGAGCGACUCGGAAAACUCCGACUCUCGC